UUGGUGGCCCUGCGUGUGGCAGGGGGUUGGAGGUUCGUGGUCCUUGAGGUCCCUUCCAACCCGGGCUGCUCUAUGAUUCUGGAUUGGUUGUGUGAAAAGUAAAGUGGCUGUGGCAGAGGUAAGAAAAUGGAGGGCAGUCCAAACGGGUGUCCUAGAGAUAGGAUCUGCUUUUCCCAAUCCAUUGGAGGAGGAGAGAAAGCAGAUUAACUCAGUCCUUCUGGUGCUUGCAGUGUGCUGAUGGCAGAGCAGCCAGGAGCUGCUGCACAGUGAAGUUCAGACCAUGAACUGAUGCACCACAGCAGCACUGCUGGUGGCAAAGUGACAGAGCUGUGAGAUUCCAGCUGCCUUUGUGCUGUGGGGACUGAGGGGAAAUAGUCAUCAGUGAAAGGAGGGCUGGGCUGAGUGCAUUAUGAGGUUGCUGUGUUGCUGCUGGGAUGUUAAGUGUGGUCCAUCUGUUGCACGGUGUCAUUUCCUGCUGGCCUGUUAUUCCACCAGGGUUUGUUCCCCUGGAUGGUGCUUGCAUGAUGCCAGAAGAGGACUAAUGAGAAGCUGAGUCGUUGUCCCUUAGAUCUCUGAUUAGAGGCAGGAGAGAAGUGGCACAUCUGUGGGCUUCAUCUAUUUGGCACUGAGAGCAUCCUGCUCCAGGCUGAGCGAGGUCACAGGCUUACUGAUUGAUUUAACCUUCUAUUCCAAAUCCAUUUUGAACGUGCAGCCCUUUAAUUAUCAACCAAGAAAAAGCCAAAACCAACCCCAAAAGGCACUGAUGAGAUUGCAGGCUUCUUUAAAGGCCAUUUCUCAGCUCAGCUGCACCAUCUCAGUGCAAUCUCCACCUUUGGGGUGGAGCUGUCAGAUGAGUGCUGUCAGGCUGUCUGGGCUUGUGCUGUUUUCCAGCAGUUCAGCAGUUAUCCAUGACUCGAGGCCAUCUGAUUUUUGGUCACCUGUUCAGCAUGCAGUGAGGAUGGAGGGGCGACAUGGGGAAACUCACAGCUGCUAACUGAGCCUGGCACCCAGCAUCACCAGCAAUGGUUUUGGCUGCUGUUCUUGUUCCAUUUCACUUGUCUUAUAAAUACUGGGCUGUUUUCUUUUCUGAUGAUGGAGAGAGGUGCCUGGUUUGGCAAACUCUGUGCAUGGCCACCUGCCUGUGAGGUGGGGAGGGAGCGAUGUGAGCACAUCGGGUCAGGAAAGCAGGAGGAAGGAGUGCAGCACCUCCAGCAUCCAAUGCCUGUGGUUACAUGGAUCAGUUUUAUACACCAGCUAUUCCUGCAGGGAGCUGCUGGCAGUGGGGCUGCUGCGUUUGUGGCAGCUCAGCACGAGCGUGAGGGCUGUUUGCUUGUUUUACUGCCCUGCUUAUCUAAGGAGCAGGAUUCCUCACGUGGGUGUGAGCUCCCUGCCUUCCCAUUGCCAGGUAGGACAGCAGAGCUGUGUGAUCACAUGUGGACGGAUGGUGCUGUGUCCUUCCAGCUCUCCCUGCUGCUCACCCUGGUGGGUUUUGCCUUCACGCAGCCCCUUCUGUUGGCCACAGCAAGGCUGCUUCAAACCCCACCUCGCUGCAACCCCUCCUGUUUGCUGCUCCCAAGGUGACCUUCGCAGCAACCAUCAGAACCUCCCAUCUCCAUGCCAGCAGUGAGGGGUUUGAUUUGCAUGAAGGAGAUAGCACAGCAGCUCCGUGCCUUUCCAGCCUCCUGUCUUCUUGCUCUCACACCCUGUCAGAGCACAGCCUGACCUCAGAGCACCACAUGAGUGCUGGAGAGCAGUGUCAGCACCUCGAGGUGGCUGCCCUGCCAAGCAGACAGCACUGCAGUUGCUUUGGAGAUGGUGUGAGCUCUCCUAAAGCUCUGUUUCUGCACCGUUGUCACAGUGCAGGUCCUCAGAUUGGUAUCCCCUACCUUCAGGAAUGACCUGCUGGAAUGAGCCGACCAAAGGGCUGUGAUGCAUUGCAAUUGCUGUUUGGCUGUGUGCAAAGCAGCUGCAUGGCAGGUAGCUUCCUUCAGUGCCCUUCUGCCUUUUGAGCAGAUCAGGUGGGUUUUGUGGGAUGGUUUUAUAGGUUUUGUGAGCCUGGGCAACCAGAGGGGCUGUUCAGUGGGGUGAGACUCAUUUGGAUGGGCAGAAGUAAUAAGGGGUGGCUAGGCAGAGCAGGGGGGAUUCGUGGCUCCUGAUGCUCAUUGCACUCAGUGCAUGUUGCAAAGCGUGGCAGGGAUCACCUCCUGCAUUGGUUUUCUGCCUUGGCAGCACCAGCAGAUUGUGUCUGUUUGGAAGGUGGGCAGUCAGGCACUGCUUGCACAGUGCUGAGAGUCAGGCCUGCCCCCAGGUGCCCACAGACCACAGGGCUGCAGGUCCCACAAGGUGGGUUUGAGUGUUUUAUUGCCCGCUCUCCAGGCUAUUGCUUCCUUUGUAAAAGGGUUAUUUCCUUCCUGCAGUGCAGCGUGGAGCAGGAGGAGGGUGUGCAAGCAAGGCAGGCCACACAGCAGCUGCAGCAGCGUUGGUGCAUCAUUGCAUUUUGAGAUUCACUGCUGCACUGUCCAGGGCAGUGAGUGCCUGCAGGAGAUGAUGGCAGGAUGUGCUCUGCUGGGGGAGAGGGGCUGUCCUCAGAAGUCAGUGCGUGUGCUUGAGCAGACUGUGAGUUUAGUUGGUCUGUGAGUGAGCUGGAGCAGUUCUGGUGGCUGCAGGUCCCUUGGCAGCACAGCUGUUGCUCAGGCUGUGCUCUGCUCUGCAUCCCUGCAGCACAAAAGCAGUGCUGGGAGCAGAGCUGCUCUGCGUUGCCCAUCUGUCUGUGCCAUUGAUGGGAGCUGCAGUUUGGAAAUGCUUUUAAUUGUGCAGGGAGCAGGUGGUUUGCUGUGGCACGGCUCACAGAGCUGUUGGUUCUCGGGGAAUAAUGGGAGCAACGAGGGGCAGAGGGAACUGGUAGAACUGGAAUGCCAGGCUGCAGGGGGUGCACAGUGCUGGGCUGGCGUUUGUUGACACUGCAGGUUUUGCUCCUGAGCACAUUGGAGGGGUUUGAAUAACAGUUUGGAAGUAGAGACCCGAAAUCAUCCUAUAGACGUGAGGAAGGAAGCCCUGUCUCACCCAAAUCUGGGAUGCUGGGGGAUCUUGGAGCAGCUCAGGUAGAGGUGAGGCUGUGGGUUACACUGGUAACCCCAGUGUGGCUGCAGAUGGUGCUCCCUCCAGUGCAGGGCUCUGUACGACACCUCCAAGCACUACGUGUGCUGGAGGAGCACUGUGUGCCUUCACUCCCUUCUCAUACACUGAGCAAGUGUUUGUUCAUGGCCACGUGGCCAACAGAUUGAGGAACUGGACUGGAUUGAAACCAGCUGCUGCUGCUGCCCUGGGCUGGCUGUGGAAGGGCUCAGGGAUCCCAUGGCUCUGCUUCCUUCUGAGCAAGGAUCUGGGGUUCCUUGGGUCUGGCUUUGGGCUGUGUGCUGUCCCUUGUAUUGCUAUGGGGCUCUUCUUCACCUCUUAAUUCUUAUGGGCAGCUGCUCCUUGCUUUGGCUCACCCAGGUGGAUGCAUCACAAAGCUCACACAGAUUUAUUAGUGUGAUGGUACUGCAAGGCAGCAGAGAAGUGGAGGUGCUUUGAUUCCUGUCACAGCUCUUUGCUGUGCAUGCAUGAGGGACACAGACCUCGUUAGCUAAGGCUGUGAUAAAAGCCCCCUGCUGCUCUUUCUGCAGUAAGUUAACCCAUGCCCAGAGCUAGCCCAGCCUGCAGGGAGCCUUAGUGACUGGGAGCCAGGUGAAGAAGUGGUUGCUUUGUUCCCUUUGGUUGCAGACAUGCAGAUGGAGCAAUGGAAGUGCUGCAGCUGAGCGCCCCGAGCUCUGCCCCCUCCCAGGGGAUGGAGAGCCACAGCUCCCAGCAAAUAGCCCUGCGUUCCCAAAGGAGGCAGCUCUGCCUCCGGAGUCUGAAAAAGUGCAGUGCUUUCCCUUUGUUUCUGGUUCUUAUUGCUGUGGUUUGGGGUCCUGCUGGGGUUGGCUGCCACAUCCAGGAGCCUUUCAGUGUGCUGCUGGCUGGGAUCAGCGCUGUGGGCGGGGGGGAUUGGGUACAUCUGUAAGUGGUGCUGGCACCUAUCAGGGGGCUGCCUGUGCCAAGCAGAACACCAGCUUUGAUGUGCUGGGGGGGGGAGGGGGAGGUCAGCAAAGCUGCUCUCCUGGCCAAGGACACAGCAGUGGAACGGGGGAGAGCUGAGCAGAAAGUCAGAGCUCGCAGUGCCAUCUGCUUGUGUUGAAGCCCCACGGAAAGCCCAGCAGUGCAGGUUGGGUCUGAGGUGUGCACAGCAUCGGUGUGCUGCAAUGGAAAGAGCAAAGGGUUGGGGUUUUUUCUCCAGGGGAAGUUCUCAUUCAGGAACGUUAUGGGUUGUGUUGGUGCUGUGCUGCCUGCUGGGGGUACAGGGGGGUGGGCAGGUUGGUUUGUUGGGGUGACAACAUGAAGUCACACUCUUUGCUAUCUCACUUCAUUAACACACACCUUGGUGAUGUUAUGUGUUGAUAAAGUGCUGUGUUCUCAUUCUAUAGAUGACCAGAACCUCGUUAACAUCCUGUUUUUAAUUCUAUCAGCUGUAAUCCUUGGCGUUGUUUUCAUCUUUUGCUUUGCUUCAUCUCUGAUCUCUGCAAGCAAGUUAUCUCAUUCAGUCCAUUGCAAUGACUCAUGUAUGUCUUCCUCUAAUCUAAAAGGUUUCCCAGCUCCAUGCUGGCAGUGUUGGAUCGCUGUGCCACCCACAGGCAGCUGCCACAGCACAGAAAGAUAUCUGCUGCUUUCUCAGGGAGCCCCUAUCAAGUGCUGUAUCUGCAACGAGGAGCUGCUGGUUUCCUUAGCUGCUCUAUGAGGAUUUCUCCCACCUGGUUGUUGGCUGUGCAAGUUGCAUGUGCAGUUGUCAUUUGCAGCUCUGUUUCUGUGUUUGUCCUUUCUUCCACAAAGCCCUUCCAUCUCAGCAGCUGCAGAGCUGCAAACUGUGUCCUGGGUGGAGGCAGUUCCACCGUAGUGCAGCAGAUGAUGAUGGAACGGUGAUAAGUGAAGGAUGUGAGCAAAGCACACUGCAGCAACUGCAGCCCAGAGGGGUUUCUCUCGUGGGGUUUAAACUCUUAUCUGCAGCUGAGCUCUGAGCUGCCCUCAGGAGCUGCUCUGUGCCUCGAGUUGUUUUCUUUCAUUUUGUGGGUGCUUCUGGUGUGCAUCAGUGCUGGACUCUGUUCCUUGGGCUGCUGGGUGUGGGUCAGUCCUCUGCCCUGCUAUGGGGACACAGCAGGUGUAGUUUGGGACCAUUAUAAGGACAUCCUGGCUCUCUUCUGUGUGAUUUUCUCCUAAAGCAGGGAGGAAAGCACACUUUUAGCUCGCUAGAGCAGAGCCUCACCAUGCUGUCAGGCACGUGUUGGGAAUGGGGACAGGAGCUGGGCUGGCAGAGGGCAGCUGGGGGUGCAGGUGGUGAUGCCCCACUCCCACCUGGGGGUGUCACAGCUGUACAUCAGCUGGGAAUAAAAACGAGCCCUGCACUGCUUUGCUUCUGGCUGGACUUGAAAGCAUCCCUCAGUCUUUUGAAAGAUGCUGUUUGGUGUUGGAGCAGAGAUGAGCAGCCUGAGAUCAGAACCUGCACGAGGGCAGAGUGGCACAGCUAAUGAGCUGCACUGUGAUGGCCUACGGAGCAUCCAAGUGCUCCAGGCAUGGGCUGCUGCAAAUGGGGAUGUGAAAAAGCAAUGAAGGUGGUACAGCAAAGCCUGGGGCUGGGGGAAAGCAGCACCAAGACCAGGUCCUGUCCCCCCCAGCCCGCACUGUGCCUCUUGCAACUGCUUGCUGUGCACCUGGCUCAUUCUUCUGACUGCUGCAGGAGUGAGGAGGGAGGCUGCAGCCCAUCCUGUGCUGCUGCAGGGCUGCACCAGGCAGGUGUGCAGGGCUGGGCUGUGUUGUGUCUGGUUGCUGCAGGCUCUGAGCUACAAGAAUAGUGCUGAGAACUCAGCGUGGCAGUGCCUCAUUUCUGCUGCAGAGCUGGAAAAAAGCUGUCACCUCACCACGAGAUCAGAGCAGGGUCAGUGGAAAAAGAUGUAUUCUUAGAUUGGUACAGAAAGCUGAAAAAAGGUACAAAGAAGCAACAUUUGAACUCAGUGGGCCAAGGCUGUGAUGGCAGCAGCGAGGAUGGGUGGUGGCACAGCAGAGGGUUGUGAGCAUCCCAGGGCAGUGCUGGCACGUGGCUCAUGGUGCAGAGAGAUCUCACAUCUGAAUGCUCAUACAAGGAUGUGUGAUGGACCUGCAGUGUGUGCUGUGCUAAAAGCAGUGACAUCCAGGUUUUCUCAGGCCUGCACACCUGCUGGCUGCAGGGAAGAUGGAGCAUCUGACAGUGGGAGGUGGCAGUAAGUUCCAUCCUGCAGGGCAGGUUAUCCAUUGUCCAGUGCAGAGCAGCUGCCAAAUCAGCAGCUCCCAGCUGGCACUGCAUCACCACUGCCUUGCUGAGAACCUUCCCAGCAAGGCAGGGACGUGUGUGCCUGCUUUGGCAUCCUGGUGGGAGCACCAGCAGUGCUGAUGUUGCUCCCUCUGCUCUAACCAGGUUAAUAACUGGGUGCUGGGGUUUAGCCUUGAGCUGGAGGGAUCCCUUCUGGUUGGGGUGGAGAUGCUUCCAGCCUUGCUGUCCCCUGGUGACACAUCUUGGUGCACACAGCUGCUGUCUGGCCCUGAGCAUGCUGCCUGCAUCAGUAUUCCAGGCACAAGCACAGCCCUGGUAACAUGCAGAGCUCGGCACUGUGCAGGAAUGCCCUUGAAAGGCAAAUUAAGCCAAACUCCCCGGUGGCUUUGGGCAGCAGCAGGGCUGCUGUCAUCUCUGCUAAGGAUGAAGUAGGUUUUGAGGUGUCUGAUUUUGCUUCUCUUCUGCUUCCCUUUCCCAAAAGAUGUGAGGCUGCAGACGUGCUGUGCUGUGGGGCUGCUGCUAAGGGGGGGUUUGUGUGCAGGUGCUGAGUUGGUGCCUGGAGAUACAGACCCCUCAACAAGGAGCACUAAUUGUGGCUUCUGCACGUGGUGUCCUUGCUCAUGGAAGCAUUUAGAGCAGGUUUUAUUGAACGCAUGUGCUAAAAUCACAGCCCUGAAACACGCGUGUGUUACGUGGAUUAAAGUGGGGGGGCUCUCGGGGUGUUUCUCAAGUGACUUCAGGAUAAGCUGCCUCUGAAAUGAGCACCACGGGAUGCUCUGGGUGGUGACCUGCUGUGCACAGUCCUCACGGAUCACACUUCCCCUUGCUAAGCUGUUUACAAGCUGUGGUUCCCAGCCAUCGUCUGAGCACUGAUGUCUUUAUCUGGGAGUUCUCCCUAUCUGGGAGUCCUGCAGCAGUGUUCUGGCAGCAGCAGGAGCAGCCUGCGUUGUUCCUGGCUGAUCCAUGCAGAGCAUUUCCAAACUGCUGAGUGUGUUUCUGUUGGAAUCCAGGCGUGUCCCCGUUUCCCCAAACUCAGUUCCUCUCACACCUCGUUGCAGAACUCUCCCCAGACAACAGCUGGGCUUCCUACUGAGAUCCCAGUUCCUCCUUGUGGUCCUCUUUCCCCAGCACGUUCAGCCCUGCCAUGUGUGAGAGCUGUGCACGUGCUGCUCUCAUUGCUCCAUUGUUCCCUUUGCAGCAGGCAUGUGGUGUCCUGCUGGAGAUGCAGAUGUGAAGGACCAAAGCUUUGUGAGUGCUGCACCUCUGCUUUGUCUCACUUUUCCUCCCCAAGCACCGUGUGCAUCUCAGAGGAAUGGUGCCACUCUCUUGUCUGGGUGUUUUGGGGAGGAUUUGUGCUCUGUGUUCUCUGCACAACAGCUGUGCUGUGCUGGUGAAGAAGUGAAAUUAAACGUGGGCUUGGGUCACACUUGGAAUUCUAAUCUGUGUGUCACUUUUGUUUCCUGUUUUCGUAGGAAUUGCUCAGAGCAUCAGUGGUUGGGAGGAAUGGAGGAGAGCUCUGGACGCUCAUUCUGCAGGUGCUGCUAAGCUCAGGACUCCAGGGUUGCUCCGGGCACUGGGGCUGGAGAUGAGCUGAAGAGGUGGAUCACCCCCCGAGUGAUGCGGGUAUGGGGGUCGACGUGCUGGAAUCGGGUGACACCACACCUCCUACCAAGAGGAAAAGCAAGUUCUCAGGCUUCGGCAAGAUCUUCAAACCUUGGAAGUGGAGGAAAAAGAAAAGCAGUGAUAAAUUUAAAGAGACUUCAGAAGUUUUAGAACGAAAGAUUUCGAUGCGAAAGCCAAGAGAGGAGCUGGUAAAAAGAGGGGUUCUGUUGGAAGACCCUGAGCAGGAUGGUGAAGAACCAGACAAGGUGAAUCCGUCUGCACUGAAGAAUGGCCACACGGUGCCCAUUGGUGGUCCUGGGGUCGGUAACCUGCACAGCCAGGAAGAGGAGGCCACGAGGUCCUCCAGCCUUAGGAAGUCUGUUCUGGUUGAGGAACCGAAGAAAAGACACAGUUCGUCCAGCAGCCAUCCUGGUUCUGAAUCAGAGCCGCCUCAGGAGCCACAGCUCCGCCAGCCUCUGCUUCCUCCCAAAAGACCUCCCUCCACUUCCCAGGAGGCAAAUGAGCCGCAGGGAAAGGAUCCCCCACCUGCCAGCAGCACUGCAAAAACUGACCCCUCCACUGCAGCCCCCACCGUGGCAAAGACAGUUGUUUCCACAGCUGCCCCCUCCCCAGCCCCCAGGACUCUGCCCCCUGUUCUCACCAGUGCCAACACUACUGCUCCUACGAGUACAACCAGCACAGCCCCUGCCAAACAGCCCCCUGUCCCCCCACCCAAACCCACCAACAGGAACAGCAGCUCCGUGAUAGCGGAACUUUCUCAAGCAAUAAACAGUGGCACAGGCUUGUCCAAGCCUUCCCCUCCUCUCCCACCGAAGAGAGGCCUCCUGCCUACCAACCCACCGGAGACAGCCCUCCCCUCCAAGCCCCCAGGUGACUGGACAGUGACAGCGAGCCGUCCCUCACUGCUCCCACUGCACAUGGCACCCACGUACCCACCGCCCUCACCAUCCCCACCGCUGCCCACACACAUCCCUCCAGAACCUCCACGCAUGCCCUUGCCCAACUCCACCCCUAUCAUGGAUGCUCCACGCUCCCUGGACCUGCCCAAGGAGACCCCCCCUCCUCCCAAAGACUUCAGGUCCCUGGAGGCGUCGAAGCGGACGGCAGAGCAAGGCUUUGGUGAACCUCCUGGGCUGCCCCGUCUGCCCCAAAUCCCUCUGCACAUCCGGAUCCAGCAGGCCUUGGCCAGUCCCCUGCCCGUCACCCCCCCUGCCGAAGGCUCGCACAGAGCUCACUCUCUGCUCUUUGAGAACGACGGCCUUGGGGAGGACAACGGCACGCUGGGCAGGACGAGGUCCCUGCCGGUCACCAUCGAGAUGCUGAAAGUUCCAGACGAUGAGGAAGAGGAAGAGGAGGACCAGGAAGAGGAGCAGAAUUCAGGCCCACGUGUGUAUAUCGGGGACGUACCGUCCAUCACCGUCAUCCCAAUGCUGGUGCCCCAGGUCCUGCCGGAGGAGCAGGAGGGAGAGGAAGGGAUGAGUGACUCUGACUCCGAAGGCCCCAUCCUGUACAAAGAUGAGGAGGAGGAUGAGGAAGAAGAUGAAAGCCAUAACAGCACGCUGGCUAACAAAGUGAAGAGGAAAGACACGCUGGCAAUAAAACUGGGGAACACCACCACAGUGCAGGAGGAAAAGAUUGUCUUCCCUCGGAAAAGCAAAGAGGAGUGGAAUGAAAUUCGGCAGCAGAUCGGGACGACCCUGAUCAGGCGACUGAGUCAGAGGCCCACAGCAGAAGAACUGGAGCAGAGGAACAUACUUCAGCCGAAAAAUGAAGCUGAUCGUCAGGCUGAGAAGCGAGAGAUCAAACGCAGGCUCACCAGAAAGCUUAGCCAAAGGCCUACAGUGGCAGAGCUGCAGGCCAGGAAGAUCCUGAGGUUCAACGAGUAUGUGGAAGUAACAGAUGCUCAAGACUACGACCGGAGAGCAGAUAAGCCGUGGACAAAGCUUACACCUGCUGACAAGGCUGCCAUCCGGAAGGAGCUAAAUGAGUUUAAGAGCUGUGAAAUGGAAGUCCAUGAGGAGAGCAAGCAGUUCACACGGUACCACCGACCAUAAUCUUCCAAGAGGGAACAAGAGACCCAAGAGGACUGGAAGUUCUCUGCAUCCCUCUCCCAGGCAAUACAGCGAGGGCAGAACCUCGACUCUUCCAAGAUUUGCCUUCAAAACGAAUCCAGAAAAGGGCUUUCAGCCAGGGAAGGGGGAUCCUGUCUGAAUGUAGCAUUUCACUGGAACAAACACGUCUCGAGUGCCAUCAGGCUGGAACUGAACACUAUACCUCGUGCAGCUCAGCAAUACGCCUCUCUUCUGGCUCCAGCAUCCCUGCCAGACCGUGCACACAUGGGCAAACAGUUCCUUCCCCAGCUCCCUUCCUGUGGUGCCAGGCCCAGCUCUCAGCUGCACGUACUCCUUUUAGGAGCAACCCCUUUGUGUCCUCCUUACCAAGAGGAGAAAAAGCAGCUCUGGUGCUGGAGAGCUGAGGAAUGGAGAUGUGCUAGGAGACACGUGUGUGUAUUUGCUGUGUGCAGGCGCUGUCCUGGCAGACGACUGACAUCAGACUCGUUUUUUUUUUGGCUUUGCUUACGUCUGUCAUUAUCUUUCAUGUCCUGAAUCACUACUGACCAACGGUUUGUUGUCCUGGAAGGGAAUUGUAUAGAUAUUAACAUAUGCUGCGUCCUUUUUUUUUUUUUUUUUUUUUUUU